AUGCGCAACUCCGUCGACGCCAAUGCCGACGAGGCGCUGGCGGCCAUGGGCUACAAGAGCGAGCUGCCUCGAAACCUCAGCAUGCUCAGUAUCCUUGGUCUGUCAUUUGCUAUUAUGGCUGCGCCGUAUGGUCUCAGUACCACCCUCUACAUCACUCUCAAUGACGGCCUCUCCGUUACCAUCAUCUGGGGCUGGGUCUUCGUCACCCUUAUCUCCAUCGCCAUUGCUGCCUCAUUGGCCGAGAUCUGCGCUGUCUAUCCCACCGCCGGCGGUGUCUACUACUGGAGCGCCAUGCUAUCGACACGUCGCUGGGCGCCGUUGAUGUCUUUUAUUGAUGGGUGGUUGACCCUCGUUGGUAAUUGGACCGUCACCCUUAGCAUUAUCUUCGGUGGCGGACAGUUGAUCCUCAGCGCAAUCAGUCUCUGGAACGAGGACUUCGUCGCGAAUGCAUGGCAGACUGUCCUCACGUUCUGGGCUGUCCUUUUGGUCUGCGUCUUGGUUAAUGUCUUCGGCUCGCGCUACCUCGACCUGAUCAACAAAGUCUGCAUUUUCUGGACCGCCGCGAGCGUCAUCAUCAUUCUCGUCACCCUGUUAACCAUGUCUGAUAACCUCCAGAGCGGCGAAUUUGUCUUCGCCGAAUACGAUGCCUCGCAAAGCGGAUGGCCCGAUGGUUGGGCGUUCUUCGUGGGCUUGCUGCAGGCAGCAUACACGCUCACCGGAUACGGCAUGGUGGCUGCCAUGUGUGAGGAAGUUCAGAACCCGCAUCGCGAGGUUCCCAAGGCUAUUGUGCUGUCCGUCGUUGCGGCUGGUAUCACAGGUCUGCUCUACCUGAUCCCCGUUCUGUUCGUGAUGCCAGACAAGAUCGACAUCCUGCGCAAUGUUGCGAACGGACAGCCCAUUGGAACAGUGUUCAAGAUGGCGACAGGCUCCGCGGGCGGUGGCUUUGCUCUGCUCUUUUUGAUCCUGGGUAUUAUGAUGUUCGCAGGUAUCGGGUCGUUGACUGCGGCUAGUCGCUGCACUUAUGCCUUUGCGCGUGAUGGCGCCAUCCCCGGGUUCAAGCUGUGGCGCAAGGUCAACAAGAAGCUGGAUGUCCCCGUGUGGGCCAUCAUUCUGUCCGCUGGUGUUGAUGCGCUGCUGGGAUUGAUUUACUUUGGUUCUACGGCGGCCUUCAACUCCUUCACUGGUGUGGCUACCAUCUGCCUGUCCACAUCGUACGGCCUGCCCAUUUUUAUCUCCCUUCUUCGGGGUCGUCAGGAUGUCAAGCGCUCUGGUUUCUCGCUGGGACCUUUUGGUUGGGUCAUCAACGCGAUUACCAUUUGCUGGAUUGUAUUGGCGGUUGUGUUGUUCUGUAUGCCUUACACUCUGCCGGUGACCCCUACGUCUAUGAACUACGCCAGUGUGGUGUUCGCCGGGUUUGCCUUGAUUAGUAUCAUCUGGUACUUUGCCUAUGCUCGGAAGCACUUCACGGGACCCCCCGUCAGCAAGGAGGAAGCAGCUGCAGCUACCGGAAUUAUGACGGGCGCUGAGGUGGAUCCGGAGCGCAAGCUGUCGGAGACAGAGGUGAAGAAGGCCCCUCUCUAA